AUGAAGGGGUACAUCCCCAUAAUAGGACGGCCGCCCAGUCACCGUGAAACUGUGAAGAAAUCUUCAUCUAGUACGUCUGAGAAACGUAGGUCUACAGAAGAUUCAAAACGUUCAGAAAGCAAACCAAAGAAAAAUUUGGACAAUGACUCAAAACUUAUCCAAACAGAAAAGCAAGAAAAUAAACUACUAGAAGAAGACCAGGAAGAAGGACAGUUCCAGCUGAACGAUCUUAUGACGAGGAUAUUGGAAGAGGAACUACAAACUAUCAUGAUCGAGGUGUGGCAAGCCUUGCCCGACGCGCCGCCCACGGAAGCAGAGAAGUUCGUCGCGGACAAACUGAGAAAUGUCACCAGUGAUAACAUUAGAAAUGUAAUUGGACUCAAUGUGACGAAAAGACUACUUAAUGUAUACAAUCCACUGAUUGUGAAGCUACGAUUCAACCGCCGCCCGGAGAGUGGGUGUCUCACAAAGUUCCUGAACUCGUACAACAUCAAGAGUUUCAAGCGUAUCACGAGGGAAGCGAACACUUUUUCCGCACGACUAGCGUCUAUAUCAGAUUUUGACAAGAUUUGCAUCGAUAAGGAAAUUCGAUGUGGUGGUGCAAAAAUAACUGUAACUCCUUGUUAUAAAUUUGAUAAAUGUCCAUCGAAAAUUAAUAGUAUAUAUAAUAUCAUUGACGAUGAAGAUAGUAAAGAAGAGGACAACGAAUAUAAUGAUGGUGAGAAUAAAGAGAUAGAAUCAAAAACAACAAAUCUUAAAGACUCUAAUACGAAAAGUGAAAAGAACAAAGAUAAUGAAGCUAAAAUUAAAGAUGUCUCAAGUGAAAAUAAAGAAAAAUCUAUUGUAUCAGACAAAAAUGUUAAUAAAAUCGAAGAAAACAAAAUAUCUAAUACAAAAAAACAAAACUGUUCUAAUACUCAGAUUAAACCAAAUAAGGAUGUACAAAAAACUACUAAUAAAACUGGAAAUGCAAAAACUAUUGAUCACAAAACUACAGAUAUAGUCAAAUCUGCUCCUAGUAAUAAACCUAAAGUUGAAGACGCAAAAAAAAUUUUGCCUGAGAAAAAAGCUACUACUGAAGAAUCCAAAAAACUUGUGACAGCAAAGAAAGCUAUAGAAACUAAAAAACCUAAUAAAAACCGUUCAAACACGGAAAAACCAAAAGUAUCCCAAGCAAAGAAAAUAUCAAUUCUGCAAGAGGAACAAGACAUGGGAGAUGAAGAAAAAGAAGUAAUGGAAGAUGAAAUCAAAAAAUUCGACGAAGGUGAUGAAAUGAAUGAUGAAGAAAUAUUGGCUUUGGUAUCAGAAGGUGUUGUCGUUGAUGAAUGUACUGGAUCCGAUGAAGAA